AUGCCCCUCUCUCCCUUCUCAGUUCUCCUCGCCCUCCUCGCCUCAACAGGAGGGUUCAUAUUCGGCUAUGACACCGGUCAAAUAAGCAACAUCCUUCUCAUGCCAGACUUCCUCCUCCGCUUUGCAGUAUGCACAGGUACCUCAGAUCCAGCAACCCAGUGCGCCUUCUACCCUGCCAUCGAGGGGCUCAUCGUCGCCCUCCUUAGCGUGGGGACGGCCAUUGGCGCGCUUGGAGGGGCACCAGUGGCUGACGGACUGGGGAGGAGGAAGGCAAUGAGCGUGGAGUGUGCGGUCUUUGCUGCAGGGGUGAUCAUCCAAGUCACGGCUUUCUCUGCUUGGUACCAACUUGCCAUCGGGCGGUUCGUCUCCGGAGUCGGAGUAGGGGCACUCUCAGCAGCUGUACCGAUGUACCAAGCCGAGACAGCCCCGAGCGAAGUAAGAGGCACGCUGACGGGAACCUACCAGCUCUUCAUCACCUUCGGCAUUCUCGUCGCCUACCUCGUCUCCCUUGGCACACGCGCGCUUAACGACAGUGCAAGCUGGAGGAUCGUCAUCGCCCUUGGCAUCAUAUGGGCGCUGAUACUCGGCGUAGGCAUCCUGUUCAUGCCUGAGAGUCCGCGCUGGCUCAUUCAGCGCGGGAGGAUGGAGGAAGCACUAGCGAGCAUACGCCGAACACACGGGGAUACGCCCGAGGUCGAAGCGGACUUUGAGGAAAUGCGUCAAGCAGUACAAGCCGAACAGCAUACGGGGAGCGUGAGCUGGUCAGAAUGCUUCUCCCGGCGGAACAAGACGCUCUACCGUACCCUCCUGGGCAUGUCACUCCAGAGUCUGCAGCAGCUCACAGGUGCAAACUACUUCUUCUACUAUGGCGCUACGAUCAUGCGCGCCGUCGGCAUGCAGGACAGCUUCAUUACUCAGAUCAUAUUCGGCGCUAUCAAUUUCGGAUGCACGUUCCUUGGUCUAUACGUGAUGGAGCGGUUUGGCCGUCGCUGGCCACUCAUCAUCGGCGGAGCGUGGCAGAGUGCUUGGCUGUUCGUCUUCGCAGCUGCGGGCACCGCUGCUUCUCCCGACCUAACAGCCCACCCCACCCUCGGAAAGCUCAUGAUUGUCAGUGCCUGCCUGUUCAUCCUCGGGUACGCCAGUACCUGGGCACCAGGCGUCUGGAUCCUCAUCGGGGAGACAUUCCCUACCCGUACGCGAGCAAAACAAGGCGCACUCUCGACUGCCUCUAACUGGAUAUGGAACUUCCUCCUGGCGUUCUUCACCCCGUUCGUCACCGGCGCGAUAGGCUACAAGUUCGGGUUCGUCUUCGCUAGCUGUAACCUGCUCGGCGCUCUCUUGGUCGCGGCGGCGCUGUACGAGAGCGGAGGCCUGAGCCUGGAGAAGGUGGACAGGAUGUACAAUGAUAGGCAGGUGAAGGCCUGGACUAGCGGGCGGAGAGCGAGAAUACUGGAGAAGCAAGAGGGAGAAGGAUUGGGACAGGAGAAGGGCAAGGGGAGGAUGAGUGCCGAGAGUGGUGAUAGCAGGGAAAGUACGCUAGUUGAGCGGGUUGAGAGGGUUUAA